AUGUCUUUUCUCUCGCGCCGGUGCACGCGGCAGCACCCCGCCAUCGCGGCGGCGCUGCUGUGCGUCGCGCUUUUGGCGUUUGUCUGCGUGGGUGUGCGCUCUGCGUCCGAUGAGGCAGGCGCCCUCAACUGCUCCGCCCCCGUCCCGAACUACUCUGCCGCUGAGCAGAAGCACACUCGCAUGUUUCUAGACACCAUCAAGGCGGCCAUUCCAGCCUUGGCUUCCGUGUGGACCUGCGACAAUUUCUGCGCGCACGAGGGCGUGGAGUGCACAGAGGCCGGCCUGCAUGUGCACCUCAACGUCAACGACCUCAUCAGCAGCCUCCCUGAAAUACCUGAGGGCGUUAUCGGAUCAUCUGUUGUGGUAGCGAAGUUCACCUUCUCCGGCGACAUCAACAACUUGAAGGGCACGUUGCCUAUCAGCUGGCAUCAGCUAACCUCGCUCUCCUCGUUUCUGUUCAUCUCGACGGACACCGAAGAUACGCCGCCACAGAUGCGGGGAACUUCAAUCAAAAACCGUGUGAUGGCAAAUGGUGCUGAAGUCAUCCCAGCGGAAUGGGAGAACACCGCCCCGCGUGACGGCUCUCUGCCUGUAUCUCGGGUAUCCGACAGCAAUAUGGUAGGCUCGCUGCACUCCGCAUGGGCAGGGGUCAACACGAAGCACAGGAAUUAUCUCCAGAGUGGAAUUGGUGGAAGAAGUCUUCCCGAGGAGUGGGGCAACAUGUCGAACAUUAGGGUUCUCAACCUGACGAACCUUAAUCUCUCCGGAACGCUACCGGCUUCCUGGUCUUCCUUGAGCUUGCUUGAGCAACUCCACGUCGCGAACAACCAACUUCACGGUACUCUGCCAGCGUCGUGGGGGAGUCUGAAGAGCUUGAUUGACCUGCAGCUGAUUGGCAACAAGCUCACGGGUACUAUUCCGCAAGAAUGGGGUGAAAUGACUGCACUCGAGAAAAUCUCUCUCCAGCUUGACUACUGUACCUGCGUGCCACACAGCUGGAUCACGCGGAAUGUCGAAGUUAGACUCUACUCCACCGUUCUGGGUGUCGACUGUCCAAUCACCUCAGAUUGCGGCUCGAGCAGCAGCAGCAGCUCUGAACUGGAGUGUGAUGGCCCCAUUCCGUUUUACACAGCAAGCCAGCAGGUGCACACGCGCAACUUCCUUGAGGCGUUCAAGUACACAAUUACAGCUCUGCAGCCGCUGUGGACCUGCACGAACUUCUGUGUCUGGGAGUAUGUGCACUGCACACCGGCGGGUGUGGCAGUGGAGAUUACUGGCACAGAGUUUUUCGGUUCUGUUCCCGAGGUACCCGCCGAUGUGAACCCGUCGGAGGUGGUGGUAACCACGCUUGAUUUCAGUCAUAGCGUGUGGCUGGAGGGCAGGUAUCCCAAUAACUGGGCCUCGCUGACGUCUCUGCAGAAGGUGUCCUUUGCAUACACUUCGAUGUGGGGAACGCUGCCAUCCCAGUGGGGUUCCAUGUCCGUGCUGAAGUUCCUCGAUUUAAGCUUCACGUGGACAGACGGUAAGUUCCCCGAGAGUUGGAGCCGCUUAGCGAACUUGGAGGUGCUCAGAUUAGUGCAUCUCACAAUUCCGGAUCACUUGCCGGCCUCGUGGAGCAGCAUGAAAGCAUUGCGGGAGCUCGACCUCGACAGCACCAGCGUGUCAGGCACGCUACCACCCUCCUGGGGCGCCCUCAAGAACCUCGAGAUUCUAUCUAUGCCCAACAACAACAUUGACGCGACUUUACCUGAUGAAUGGAGCUCGCUAACGCAGCUGCGAACCCUACACCUGCACCAUAACAAGCUUGUCGGCUCUAUCCCAGAGACCUACAACGCGAUGGUUACCCUCACCCGUGUCAGCCUCGAAGUCAACCGACUCUGCGGCUGCCUCCCAAGUACAUGGGCCGAGAAGAACGGUGUGUCCAUGACCAUCACCGCUCAGCCGGAGGUACUCGCUCCUGACUGCGCGACUGAGAACAUCUGCGAGACACAGACAGAAAGUAGCAGCUCCGCCACCACCUCGUCUUCGUCGUCCGUGCCGUCCAGCAGCAGCUCCGCGCCGUCCUCGUCGUCUGCGCCGUCCAGCAGCAGCUCCGCACCGUCCUCGUCGUCCGCGCCGUCCAGCAGCAGCUCCGCGCCGUCCUCGUCGUCCGCGCCGUCCAGCAGCAGCUCCGCGCCAUCCUCGUCGUCUGCGCCGUCCAGCAGCAGCUCUGCGCCGUCCUCGUCGUCCGCGCCGUCCAGCAGCAGCUCUGCGCCGUCCUCGUCGUCUGCGCCGUCCAGCAGCAGCUCCGCGCCGUCCUCGUCGUCCGCGCCGUCCAGCAGCAGCUCUGCGCCGUCCUCGUCGUCCGCGCCGUCCAGCAGCAGCUCUGCGCCGUCCUCGUCGUCCGCGCCGUCCAGCAGCAGCUCUGCGCCGUCCUCGUCGUCUGCGCCGUCCAGCAGCAGCUCCGCGCCGUCCUCGUCGUCUGCGCCGUCCAGCAGCAGCUCUGCGCCGUCCUCGUCGUCCGCGCCGUCCAGCAGCAGCUCUGCGCCGUCCUCGUCGUCUGCGCCGUCCAGCAGCAGCUCCGCGCCGUCCUCGUCGUCUGCGCCGUCCAGCAGCAGCUCUGCGCCGUCCUCGUCGUCUGCGCCGUCCAGCAGCAGCUCUGCGCCGUCCUCGUCGUCUGCGCCGUCCAGCAGCAGCUCUGCGCCGUCCUCGUCGUCCGCGCCGUCCAGCAGCAGCUCUGCGUCGUCCUCGUCGUCUGCGCCGUCCAGCAGCAGCUCUGCACCGUCCUCGUCGUCCGCGCCGUCCAGCAGCAGCUCUGCGCCGUCUUCGUCGUCCGCGCCGUCCAGCAGCAGCUCCGCGCCUUCCUCGUCGUCUGCACCGUCCAGCAGCAGCUCUGCGCCGUCCUCGUCGUCUGCGCCGUCCAGCAGCAGCUCCGCGCCGUCCUCGUCGUCCGCGCCGUCCAGCAGCAGCUCUGCGCCGUCUUCGUCGUCUGCGCCUUCCAGCAGCAGCUCUGCGCCGUCCUCGUCGUCUGCGCCGUCCAGCAGCAGCUCUGCGUCGUCUUCGUCGUCUGCGCCGUCCAGCAGCAGCUCCGCGCCUUCCUCGUCGUCCGCGCCGUCCAGCAGCAGCUCCGCGCCGUCCUCGUCGUCUGCGCCGUCCAGCAGCAGCUCUGCGCCGUCUUCGUCGUCUGCGCCGUCCAGCAGCAGCUCCGCGCCAUCCUCGUCGUCUGCGCCGUCCAGCAGCAGCUCCGCGCCGUCCUCGUCGUCCGCGCCGUCCAGCAGCAGCUCUGCGUCGUCUUCGUCGUCUGCGCCGUCCAGCAGCAGCUCCGCGCCAUCCUCGUCGUCCGCGCCGUCCAGCAGCAGCUCCGCGCCGUCCUCGUCGUCCGCGCCGUCCAGCAGCAGCUCUGCGCCGUCCUCGUCGUUCGCGCCGUCCAGCAGCAGCUCCGCACCGUCCUCGUCGUUUGCGCCGUUCAGCAGCAGCUCCGCACCGUGCUCGUCGUCCGCGCCGUCCAGCAGCAGCUCCGCGCCGUCCUCGUCGUCUGCGCCGUCCAGCAGCAGCUCCGCGCCGUCCUCGUCGUGUGCGCCGUCCAGCAGCAGCUCUGCUCCGUCCUCGUCGUCCGCGCCGUCCAGCAGCAGCUCUGCGCCGUCCUCGUCGUCCGCGCCGUCCAGCAGCA